GAAAAUAAACAAACAAAAAAGUGGGAGAUUUUCUCAACUUUUAUAAUUAUAAAGUAUACCAAUUCUAUAAUGAACAUGCCCUCGUGAAUGGCAUUAAACUAGAGAUUAUUUCAUUGAUGUCGGUAAAUGGUUAAGGUACACAAUUUUAAGAUGUUUUACAAAGAAUCAAGGGAAUAACAGAAAACAACGAUUAUAUAUCUACAAGAAUUGUUUACUGGUUGUCGAAUUCCAAUCAACUUUUUUUCUGUGCUGGAUGAAGACACUAAGAAAUCAUGAGUUACAAUUCAGAGGAAUCAGAAUCUACACCACUUCUACGUGGUCAUCCUGUGUCUGUACAAACAAGAGGCCUAGAUUGUCGAAGAAUAAUGGUGCAAGUUGGAAAAUUAGCUAGGAAGCAUAUAAGCAAUGCUUGUAAUAGGGAAGCAUGGAAAACAAGAUUUCCUAUUACUAAAUGGAUAUUAAAAUACAGAGUCAACGAUCUGACUUCAGAUUUUAUAGCAGGACUAACAGUUGCUAUGACAGUCAUACCACAGGGACUUGCCUACUCUACAUUAGCAGGUCUUCCUCCACAGUAUGGUUUAUACUCAGCUUUUAUGGGAUGUUUUAUAUACACAUUUCUUGGUACAUCUAAAGAUAUUACCCUCGGUCCUACAGCUAUAAUGUCACUGAUGACUGCAACUUUCGCCAUGUCACCAAUCAAAGACGAUGCUACUUACGCUAUUGUGUUAUGUCUCAUGACUGGAGUUGUACAACUUGUUAUGGGAUUGCUUAAUUUAGGUAUAUUAGUGAAUUUUAUAUCCCAUCCUGUGAUAAACGCCUUCACGUCUGCUGCUGCCAUCACUAUUGCCUUCGGACAAGUUAAGGGAAUAUUAGGUCUGAAAAAUAUACCAAGAGAUUUUCUGGAUAUGGUGUAUGAAACUUUUAAACAUAUACCAGAGACAAAUGUAUGGGAUUUAACAAUGGGAUUAUCAAGCUUGGUUUUAUUAGUCUUAAUGAAGAAAUUGAGAACAAUAGAAUGGAAAGACGAUCCCGGUACUACACCAUCACGCUGUGUAAAAGUUGCUAGAUAUAUUCUUUGGCUAGUUGGAACAAGUGCUAAUGCAAUAGUUGUGAUAUCUGCUUCGGGAAUAGUAGCCAUUCUACUUAAUUAUGAUGUAGACAAGCUUUCAAUUACCGGUCAUAUUAAAAGUGGAUUACCACCAGUAAAAGUCCCUGCAUUCUCUGUGUCUGAUGGUAACACAACUAUCAGUACUUCAGAAAUUUUUUCGGGUAUAGGAGCAGGAUUUAUCAUUGUACCAUUACUUGGUCUUGUAGAACUCAUAGCCAUCGCCAAAGCAUUUUCAAGAAGAAAUAAUUAUAAAAUUUAUCCUAGUCAAGAACUCAUUGCCAUUGGUAUAGCCAAUAUAGUUAGCUCAUUUUUUUCAUCAUAUCCAGUCACAGGGAGUUUCUCCAGAACUGCAGUAAAUUCACAGAGCGGUGUUCGGACUCCAGCUUCUGGGAUAGUCACUGGUGCAAUAAUACUGUUGGCAUUACAAGUGUUAACACCAUUGUUUAAAUACAUUCCUAAAUCUGCCUUGGCAGCUGUUAUCAUCUCGGCCGUAAUACAGAUGGUGGAUUAUGAAAUUCCACGAACAUUAUGGCGGGUGAAAAAACUUGACCUCAUACCCUUAAUAAUAACAUUUAUUUCCUCGCUGGCAGUUGGAAUAGAAUAUGGCAUUAUAAUUGGUGUUGGUAUUUCUUUGAUUAUGUUGUUGUAUCCCAUGGCCAGACCAAAAAUUAAGACAGUACCAACUGAUGCAAACAAUAUAUUAGUAUUAAAGAUAAAUCAUGGUUUGAAUUUCCCAGCUGUUGACUAUAUUCUAGAAGAAAUGGAACAUCUGUCAGAAAAAGACGGCAGAUACCAGUCAGUUGUUUUAGAUUGCAGUCAUAUAUCAGAAAUAGACUAUAGUUCUAUACAAUGUAUAAAAGAAAUGAUUGUUGAAUUUGCAAGGAGAGAUUCAAAGAUUGUCUUUGCCUGUAUUACAGAAAAAGUAUUUCGAUACAUAGAAUAUGCAGAAAUAAAUGACCUUGUGGUCAGUGCUACAAUAAAAGAUGGCUGUAGGAUAUUACAAGAUGAGUUAAAGAAAGAACUCCAGAAUGGUGAAUUACCACAUACCCUCGGAGAAGCUACUGUUAUUGUUGAUAUUAGCAGCCGUUUGUAAUAUUGAACUAAGUGAGAUUAUAAAACAAAAAUCAUUGUUUAUACCAUACAUCAUCGGACAAACUUCAUCCUUGUAUUAUGUGAUAAAAUAUUUCAAGAAAUUGUCUAAAUAUGAUCAAAUGCUUAGUCAUUUUCUUGAUCUUUUGAAUUAUGUGAUUGUAUAUUUUUUUAAAUGGCUAAUGUUGGAUAUUAUAUUGUUCCAUUUUAUAAUGGUACCAUCAUGGUUCCGUUAAAAAAUUUUGUGUUGGAUUGGCGGAUCAAGGGGGGUCUUCUGGGUGUUGGAACCUCCCUCCUUUUUUUCCUCAAUUUUUUUUGUGUUUUUUUUUUGUGUGAAUAUUUCAUGGUGUUCCGGGGGUUUUCCCCCCUUUCAAAAUAGCUGGAUCCGCGCCGGUGUUGUAUUGUGUUUAGGUUCAAAACUGUAUUGUUGAUAACAUAACAUUAUUGAGAGCUGUGAUGAUUUUAACUAUGGUGAUUUAUAUUUUUACAAAUAGAGGCAUUCAAAAUAAUUGUAUGUAACUUGAACUUGUUAUUGAUCGUUAAAUAAAAAUUGCUUAUAUUUGUCUGUAUGAAAAAAUAACCAGAAUUAUGCUUAAAGAACUUAUUUCUUGUAAGAUGUGUGCAAAAUCGUUUGUUCUGAGAUGAAUGCUUGAGAAAAGCUAAAAGUUUAUAGGAUUACUCAUUCUCUUAAAAAGUUUCACUAUUAAGGUAAUGAAUAAUAAAUUUGUAUUCAUUCAUAAUUAUCUGAAUUACUUCCCCUUUCUCUACCUAACUUUAUUAAAUUAUAACUAAAAUCAGAACUUCCCUUUUCCUAUAAAGUUGAAAUAUUAUUAAAAGAGUAAACAAACAAAACCAAAACAAACUAAACAAACAUUUCAUGGCUGAAUUAGAAUAAUAACCAAUAUUUGAAGAGAAAAAUACAAAUUUACAAAUUUAGGGCUAUUCCAUUAAAAUGUAUGUGGGAGGGUAGGAAGGGAAGUUUAAUUAUUGAAUGUGGGUCAUGGGUCUUUUUUCAGUAUGCAUCUAUUACCAUUAUGCAAAAUUAUCUUAAAAAUGAUUCUUGGUUGUAGGGAUAUUUUGAAAGUCCCUUCCUACCCUCCAACAUACAUUUUAAUGGAAUAGCCCUUACUUGUUGGAAUAGAGUUUGCAUAUUCAAGAUUAUUUUCUUCAAUUUUCGUGUCAGAACUUCGUAAAAAGACAAAGCCAUAUGAUACUUUAUGUUUUUGUUUAGAAUACAAGUAGUAAUUUACGGGGCUCUCUAUUCUUAAAAUUAUAGAUUUGCAGUGUGUAAAAAAUCAAAGAACAUUUUCCUUAGGGACGGUGAGAAUCUGUGUGACAAUAUAGAUUAAGAUUUAAGCAGACGUAGUUAAAAGUUACAAGUUAAAACAUUUUUACACACAGAAGCAGGUUGUUCAAAUUGUUGUAAAGAUAUUUUUGUUAUUUUGUUUAUAAGUGCUUGUUUUAAAUGUGACCAGUAUUUGUUUUAUAAGAAUAUAUGUAUUUUGUAAAUGAUAAUUAUUAUUAUGUAUUUAUAUGAAUUUUAUAUGAAUAAAACUGAAGUAAAUUA